CUAGGCAUGCAGACUGCUUCUACAAACAUUUGUGAAAGAAUGUGUUGCUCUCAGGAGCUCAGUGAAUUUAAGCGUGGUACUGUGAUAGGUUUCCACCUGUGCAAUAAAUCCAUCUGUGAAAUUUCCUGGCUACUAAAUAUUCCACAGUCAACUGUUAGUGGUAUUAUAACAGAUUGGAAGCAACUGGGAACAACAGGCUAUGCACGUGGCCACUGGACUCUAGAGCAGUGGAGACGUUUUCUGGAGGGAGUGACGAAUCAUGCUUCUCUGUAUGGCAAUCCAAUUGAUGUGUCUGGGUUUGGCGGUUGCCAGGAGGAUGGUACUUGCCUGACUGCAUUGUGCCAAUUGUAA